CACACACGUAACCCUUUCAAUGAAGUAAGCAACAAGAAGAAGAAAAAUGUUGAAACGGUUGGGGUGGCAAGGUUUUACUAUUUCUAGGAACACGGUCGCAGUAUUACGGAGGCUGAAGCAACUCCGUAGAGAGCGAAGGCAAAAGGCAAACGCAGAGAUCAGUAGAAAAUGGAGAGCAGCGAAGAAGAAGAAGACUUCCCAUCGAUCGAGAGCAUCACUUCCCAGUCCAAAGUCGACUCUCUUUACCAAUCCCACACUGAAAAGGACAGGGAGUUGCUGUCUCAGGGAAUUAGAAAGCUAUGCUGUGAGCUGUUAGAUUUAAAAGAUGCAGUGGAGAACUUAUGUGGGAAUAUGCGAACAAAGUAUUUGGCUUUUUUGAGGAUAUCUGAGGAGGCUGUAGAAAUGGAGCAUGAGUUGGUUGAGCUCCGAAAGCAUAUUUCAACUCAAGGGAUUCUUGUGCAGGAUUUGAUGACUGGUGUAUGCCAUCAAUUGGAAGAAUGGAAUCGGUCUAGUAUUGAAGUCCAGCCAAACCCUGAUAAUCAUGAACUUCAAGAACCAUUGCCAAUUGAAACGGACCAUGACAAGAGUUUUUUGGAGAAAGUUGAUGUUCUCUUAGCUGAACAUAAAGUAGAAGAAGCAUUAGAGGCUUUAGAUGCUGAAGAGAGAAACUCUCCAGAGCUGAAAAGCUCGGGAGAUACUUCAACAACUGAAGGAUCCUCAUACAGAUCCGUUUUCUUGAAAAGAAAAGCACUGCUUGAAGAUCAGCUAGUUGAGAUUACUGGACAACCUUUUAUUAAUUUUGUUGAGUUGAAGAAGGCCUUAAGUGGGCUAAUCAAGCUUGGAAAAGGGCCUUUGGCACACCAGUUACUGCUGAAGUUCUAUGGGUCCCAUCUUGAGAAGAGCAUUGAAGCUCUCUUUCCUUCUUCUUCUGUCUGUCCAAAGACAUAUCCAGCAACGUUGUCGAAACUUGUUUUUUCUACAAUCUCACUGGCAGCGACGAAGUCCGGUAUAAUAUUUGGUGAUAAUCCUGUUUAUACAAACAGAGUAGUCCAAUGGGCAGAGUGGGAAAUCGAAUACUUUGUACGGUUGGUGAAAGAGAAUGCACCAUCUUCUGAUACAGUGUCUGCUUUACAUGGAGCUAGCAUUUGUGUUCAGGCUAGUCUCAACUACUCCUUGAUGCUGGAACGACAAGGGCUGAAACUGUCAAAAUUGAUUUUGGUGCUGUUGCGGCCUUUUAUUGAAGAAGUUUUAGAGUUGAACUUUAGACGAGCAAGAAAAGGUGUCCUUGACUUGAUGGAAACUGAUGAGUGCAUGUCAUUUUCACCUCGCUUUGCACCUCCGCUGUCUGCAUUCACAACAUCAUCACAUAGCUUGAUUGCUGAUAGUGGGAUAAGAUUUAUGUGCAUUGUUGAAGAUAUAUUGGAACAGUUGACCCCUUUGACCGUUUUGCAUUUUGGUGGAAACAUACUGAGUAGGAUUGGACAACUUUUUGAUAAAUACAUGGAUGCUUUAAUUAAAGCCCUACCAGGACCAUCUGAUGAUGACAAUCUCACAGAGCUGAAGGAGUUUGUAUCUUUUAGAGCUGAAACAGAUUCAGAACAGCUUGCCGUUUUGGGAGUUGCAUUUACCAUCUUGGAUGAACUACUGCCAAAUGCUGUAAUGACCCUCUGGAAGCUGCAGAGUGAAAGUUGGGAACCAAAAAGUGGACUUGCUGAAAAUGUCACACCUAUUCCAAGCACUUCUACAGAGUUAAAGGAUUGGAGGCGCCAUCUUCAGCAUUCAUUUGACAAGCUAAGGGACCAUUUCUGUAGGCAAUAUGUCUUGAGCUUCAUUUAUUCAAGAGAAGGACAGACACGAUUGGAUGCCCAAAUAUAUUUAAAUGAGAAUGGUGAUGAUUUGUACUUGGACUCAGCCCCUUUGCCAUCGCUUCCAUUUCAGGCAUUAUUCGCAAAGCUGCAGCAGUUAGCAACCGUGGCUGGAGAUGUGUUACUUGGAAAAGAGAAAAUACAGAAAAUUUUGCUUGCUCGGUUAACAGAGACAGUUGUAAUGUGGUUGUCCGAUGAACAAGAGUUUUGGGGUGUGUUCGAAGAUGAUACAGGUCCUCUUCAGCCACUUGGGUUGCAGCAGUUAAUUCUUGAUAUGCACUUCACUGUUGAAAUUGCACGUUUUGGUGGUUACCCAUCCAGGCAUGUGCACCAGAUCGCGUCAGCCAUAAUUGCUCGUGCUAUCAGGGCUUUUGCUGCUAGAGGCAUAGAAGUACAAAGUGCACUCCCCGAGGACGAGUGGUUUGUAGAAACUGCAAAGUCAGCGAUAAGCAAACUACUUAUAGGAGCAGAGUGGUCAGAGACAUCCGAAAUUGAUGAAGAUAACAUUGCUCUUCACGAUCACAUCGUAUUGGAUUCAGAUGAUUCUGUCUCUUCCCUUUCGAGCGUAGAUUCUUCCGAGUCUUUUGCUUCUGCAAGCAUGGGUGAACUUGACAGCCCCAAGCAUUUCGACGAUUCAGAGGGUUGAAAAUUUUUGCCCUCCCAUCAAAAGGAAACAAGAACAAAAGAAGUUUUUGUUUGUAGGAAGUAUGUUGACAAUAUUCUCGUAGCGUUAUGAAAUUUUAAUCAGUGUGAGUUGUAGUAUUGUUAUAUGAAAAGCAGGACACAGACUCACAAGUAUAUGUCACUCUCUCUGAGUGUUGUAUUUAUAGAUUUGUUUCUGCUUUUCAUGUCUCUAAGUCCGUUGUUUGGGUUCCUCCCUCCGAGGAUAGCUUUAGUAUUUGACAAGGGGAGAGAUGAAGAGAGAAAGGGGAUCUAGAGGAGAGACGGUAGAGGGAAGGAGACGGAAUGUUUUAUGCGAGAAUUUUUUUUUUAAUUUAAUCAUUUUGUAGAAUUAUUAUGUUUCGGUAUAAUAUGAAUUAAAUAAGUUGAUAGC